AUGUUCUCGCCCUUGGCCUUCCCCGAUGGCGCCGUAUUCUACGAACUAAUAACCCACGUACCCCCACCAUCACAUCUUGCCCUCACGCCGUUCGACUUCUAUCGCGAACCUCUUGCAGUCAUCGCGAUUGCAGAUGGCGAUGAACUAAAACGCGUCGCCUUCAAUAAAAGACAAUCCGGCAAUGCGCCCACCGUUGCCGAAAAAAACAUCAGAACGUUGUAUCAGGAACUAGAAGACUUGAGAGACCGCUUCGGAAAGGCCCUCGUCCACCAAGUCUUGAUCUUCGACCAUACUCCCUCCAAGGACAACCCGGUAUCCCUGCCCGAAGGCCUUAUCGCCAUACCACCGCCGGACGAGUGCAAGCGGACAACCAUGAAGACAAUAAUGUGCGACAUCACGUCGCAGCUCCUGGCCGAAAUGACAACCCUGGCCAAGUCAUUUGAGGCAAUGUCCUUCAUUGAGUCUCCCGGACAGUCUCACUCCACAAGACAGGCCAACAGCGCAUCGUGGGGCAUGGGGGAUUCGGAGCCAGCCAACAAGAGGAACUCACAGUUCACUCCAACUCCUCAAAGAUCAAGCUCGACCAGUGGCUUGCCAGACCGUCACAUGCACCGCAUGUCGAUGCCGGUCGCACCAAUGAAGAACAAUUCCGCUAUGGCGUCAAGCAACUCGACGCCAGUUCGACCUUCGACUCCUGUGAGAAGCGGGCUUUCGAACCCGCCUACUACGUUUGACGACUUGACUGCUGGCAUCAACAGCGGUUCUUCGACUCCUGACCAGAACCCACGGCCAGGUGCUGGAGAACAUUUCAGGUCGGAAAGCUCAGAUCGAGUUUCAGUGCAGGGAUUCGGUCCUGGUGGUCUCAACGACCGCUGGAGGGCCAAAGGAAAGGGCAGAGUGACGAUUCUUAUGGGUUCCCUGUACCUGCAAGCUGGACGAUGGCCUGACGCUCUGAAGGAGCUUAUGGAAGGUGCAACUGUUGCUCGAUCAAUCAACGAUCACAUCUGGCAUGGAAAAGCACUGGAGCUGGUCACCAUAACCCUACUGCUCCUGGGAUGGGUCAAAGUUGAGUUCCAGGUCCCGUCGAUAUGUCUGCCUCCACAGGAUAAAUCUACGGCCGCGACUUAUGCUGCGCUAGAAGCAGCAACGACCGACCCGAGUCAGCCCAAGUACAUCCGGAACCUUCAAAUAGUACUCCCAGAUCUUCUGGAGCGGAUCCUUGGAUUGUACUCGAGAAUAUCUGCCGAGCACCUGCCACCCUUGCCCUUGGCUGAAACUACGAUUCGGUUCUCCAAGAUUUUGUCCGCAUUGCAUCUUGCUGACGGGAAGCUGGGAGAACGAUCCUAUAAUAUCAUGAUUUAUGGGAAGCUGCCUUCGACCCCCUUGACCACUUCACCCCGAUUGAUUAUCGUUCCAAGCCGACAGCAAAUCGUCACCUUCCUCUUCCGCGCGUUCCCCUCCUCGUCGUCCGAGCUUCUCACCAUCACAGACCGGGUUUCGAUCUUGGCAGGAAUUGCAUCUGUACUUGGACCUCUGGGCCAUCAUCGCAAGAAGGCCAUGGUCACCAGAGAGCUUGUGUCAGUGCUUAUCAGCGGAUUAGUCGAGGCCCGCACUCGAGGUGCUGCAGACAUGGGCAUACAUCCGGCUGCAGGUCUUGUGGCUCUAAACGCCGCCAAUGGACACAGCAACAGUGCAGUGGCCCUUGAGCUCGGGGAGGGCGAUGUGGAGCAGGGGAUCGAGGCGUUUUUGGCUCUGCUGUGCAAGUCGUACGGUAUCGUGGGCUUUGAUAUGAAGAGGCAGCCAUCAGAUGACACUAUCUCUACUGAAGACUCAGACGCUGCUGUCAUUGAUAGAAUUCGCGGACAGGCGGCUGCGAGGUUCUUCGGGUUCACCAGCGUCAAACUGAACAUCUUGAGAGCAUGCAUUAACUUUUCUGAAGCAUUGCCCGACUUCAAUGGCGUGUUGAAGUUCUCAAGCGAUUUGCUUCGUACAGCUGGAUCUGGAGUUGCUCCUGGACCUCGCAAGGAAGAUGCGUCGCCAGUAAUCACCCGCGACGAGCAGAUCCGUUUGGUCACAAACAUAUCAAAGACGUCGAAUCUGUCCAAAAGACUGGGCCUGAACCACUUGGCCGCCGAGUAUUGGGAUGAGUUCUUUGUCCGCGGUGUCGCUCUAGAGCCACUGCCGAUCACUAGAAUUCCGGUACCUCAUGCCAAAAGUACACUUCCUGGCGCGGUUACGGCGAGAACCUCUCAGGAUGUUAACCCGUUCAUUUACAACCCGUUCCUAAAGCAAGCCAACAAAGCGGCCGCCGACCACAUUCUCGUGGCAAACGAACCCGCGACUUUCAAGGUUACUCUGCAAAACCCAUAUGACGUUGAGGUUGAUGUUGAAAGUCUUCGGCUGGACACCAGCGGGGCAGAAUUCGAGUCGAACUCGGAGAGCACUAUCAUCGGGCCAUAUCGAACUCAAAUCCUCAAGGUCACCGGGAUACCAAAAGGCCCCGGUGCCCUGAAGGUGACGGGCGCGAUCAUUCGUGUUCGCGGGUGUCGGGAGAGACGGUUCCCCAUCUUCAAAGAGCCAUGGACACCGCAAGCAGAUGUGAAGGUCAAGGCUACCGGACUACCAGCUCUGGAAAGCACCAUCUCCUCGGAUGUCCGUAUCGGUAGGCCUCUUAAGGCAGAGGACGUGGGUUUCAACGUUAUCUCUCAGCAACCGAUCGUCAUUGUCAAGUCCACGACGCUUCCGCAAGCUUCUGUCAUGGUGCUCGAAGGAGAACGACAGGUGUUCUCUGUAACCCUGCAGAACCUCUCCAAGACAACGCCCGUGGACUUCAUGCUUUUCUCGUUCCAGGACUCCACACAAGGACCGUUGCAAGCAGGCAUUAACAACAGAGAUGCCACGCCGGCCGAGUUGUAUGAGUACGAAUACAUCCUCAUGAAGCGGCAAGGGCUCCGAAGGUUGAACAAGAAGGAACCCGAGAAGAGAUACAUUGCUCCAGGGGGCACCGCCACGUUUGAUUUCGAAAUCCUCGGCAAACCUGGAUUGACAAACGCUGCCAUCCAGAUCGACUAUGCCCAUCUUGGCAUGGCCCCGGAAGAGGUGACAGAGCAGUUCCAUACCCGACAAGUCUCACUGCAGUUGACAGUCACUGUCAAUGCCAGCGUCGAGCUUGCCCGGCUGGACAUCCUACCCCUCAGCGGCCCUGUGCCUCGGCCGCUGCUUAGCCUCACGAAUUUGGAGUCGAAAACCGAUCCAGCUACCCUGGCGGAAGAAUACUGCCUGCUGUCCAUGGACCUGCGCAACGCCUGGCCCAACAACAUGGAGGUGGAGCUAGAUGGAGAAGAUGGUGUUGUGAUUGAGGAACACAUUCUUCCGGGCAACAUGAGUCGCGUUAUUGUUCCCCUGCGACGCAUACACCUCGAAGACCCUCACGCUUCGAUCCCGGCUCUCAAUCCAUCAAGACAGCGUCAGUUUGUCGUAAGCACCAGCAAAAUCACGCCAGACAUGGAACGCUCAAAUCGGGAAGCAUUCUGGUACAGGGAGAAGAUACUGGACACUCUCACAGCCAGGUGGAAGACAGUAUCCGGUCCGAAGCGGAAUGGCUACAUUGAUCUACGCAGCAUCAGACUCUCCCCCCGUAUGAUGGACGCCCUCAGGAUUGACGACAUUGGCAUCAAAAUAUCAGUCGAAGACCCGAACAAGAGCCACAGUGGAACCGCCAAGGAGUCUGUUUUUGUCGACACGUUUGUUCAAAUCAGGGUUGGCAUCACAAACCGGUCGGCACAGCCAGUCUAUCCAAUGUUGCGGCUCAUGCCAGCUUUAUGCCACCGUCCCUUGAACGUGGCCCUGGACUUCACGCGGAAGUUCGCCUGGAAUGGCACUUUACAACAGGCACUCCCCCUCUUAGCAGCCAAGUCUAGCACCGAAGUGGAGAUCCAGGCGAUGGCGCUCUGUCGUGGGGAGUUUGAGAUAGGGGCUUCGGUUGAGGAAUACCAAAUCUGGGAAGAGCCCAAAGCAGAGAAGGACAAGGAGGAGAAGAAAGAGAGCCGGCAACGAUCAGACACCCAGACGUUGCUGAAUGCGAUCAUCGGCGCGAAGGAGAGGCGCAUCUGGCAUUCAAGACAGCCCUGCGUCAUCAAGGUGAUGGAUCACGACUAG